AUGGCUCGCCCACGGCGCGCAAAGAGAGUCCGCUACGCGGAAGAUUCAGACGCUGAAGUCGACUACGAUCCAUCCAGUGUCAAGCGCUCCGCGCGCGGAGGCCAGCGCCCUCAGACAUAUCGCGAGCUAAGUACCGACACUUCCGACCUCGACCGUGCGUCCGCCGAGUCGGCAUCAGAUUCCUCUCGGCCAUCUACCCCGCGAAAUCAGUCGCCCGCGCCGGAAGGCAGCAGGACAACUCGCUCACGACGUCGGCCCCAAACCUAUCGCGAGCCGAGCACCGAUGGUUCAGACCUCGAGCGUCCAGUCCCAGUCGCAAUCUCACGACCUGCGAUCCGAUCACGACAGACGCAGCCUCUGGCAAGACCAAAAAAUGCACGCAAGGCUCAUCACCGUGGUAGACAACGUACAAAAGCCACAAAUUUCACACUCUUCAAGAAAAUCAAGCCAAAUAUAGCUGGUUUGAUUGUCCCCGGGAAGCCCAUUGUCUUUCCACUCGGCCCGUCUGGCAAGCGUCCACCAUGGCAGACCCUACCAUACGAAGUUCUCGUUGCAGUGAUGAAGCAUGCGGCCUAUCCGCUCUAUGGCCAUGCAUCACGGCCUACGGGAUCCAUUGAAUGGCUCUGUAGGGUCUCAUUACUUUGCAGAUCUUUCCACGAUGCUUGCAUGGCCGCUCUACUCUAUUCUCCACCGCUCUAUCCCGCGUGGCGUGGUGAAGAUUUGCUCCGGCUCCUUCGGCGUGAUCAGUCCAACCUGAUGAGCAACUAUCAGACCAAAAUUAAGCAGCUUAACAUUGAGGUGAAGAAUCUUCUCGUCAGCAAAAACGACAUCGAGCUUCGAGCAUUGAUCGAAUGCACGCCUAACCUUGAACACCUCCACCUUUAUCACAAUCAUGAUGACCUCUCGAGAUACAUUUGGGCUCAGCCAUCCGCCUCUCUUCACCGCCGAUGGACCUAUCCCGACGAGUUGUUCGAGACGCUCGAUACUAUGAAUAUCCGCCUCAAGUCCUUCGGAUGGAACGGCCGCUUCCCGACUCCGAUGGAUGUCCUCGCCCGGAUGGCUGAAUUUCACUCUCGUCCCAGUUUCUCCACGAUCGAGACACUAACGCUCGCCAACAUCAGCUUCCCUGAGAAGCACCCAGAAGCUGAUCUCGCCGCAGCCCGUGAGCAUCUGGCUUCCGCCCUCAGGUCCCUUCCCAAUCUCACCUCGCUCACCUUCCGCACUUGCAACAUCCUCGACGAGGUCACCACACCACGGCUACCGUACUCUCUCAAACAUCUCGAAAUCACCAAUAACAUAAUUUUUCUCUCUUCCCACCUGACAUCCUACCUCGCCACCCGGGGCUCCCACCUCCACACCCUCACGCUGAAACAUAACCAAUCUAUGUCGCUCGAUUUCCUCGCGAACUUGCGCACCUAUACUCCGCGCCUCCGCCACCUUACCCUCGACCUCACGUAUUCCGAUCCUUCCUCCUACCAGGAUGUUAGCCCUCUCUUCGAUGAAGCCCUUCCUGACGGCCCACCGAUGUGGCCCGCGGCACUCGUCUCCAUAGACAUUGAGAAUCUCCGCCAGAUCAGCUGCGCCGAGACGGAAUCAUUUUUCACCAGCCUCGUGGAAGCAGCAGACGAUCUCAAGUCUCUACGGCGGCUGGUGAUUCGGGCCAUUGUCAAGGAUGCGGGAUGGAAGGAACGUGCAAGUCUAAGGCAGAAAUGGGAGCCGGUUUUGGCUGAUGUAUUCUUGGAUCGACGUACGCCAGAGGUACGGAAGAGUGUUAUGUCCGACAAGGAGCGACUGAGGCGGGAGUUCAAGGUGCGAGUUGAGAGCGAUGAUAAGAUCGUCGUUCCCAAGACGCAAGCAGACGGUGUUCUACCGCUGAUUGGUCCAGUUGCACCCACAAAAGGCAAUUCCGACAGCCCUGUCAAUGCCCCAGUUCCGGACGGCGAAGACCAAGCCGAGUCAAACUCGAAAUCUCGCCGCAGUGGUCGCAUCCGCGAUGUACACCUCAAGCGUCUCGCCUAUGAGGCCGAGCUGUCCGCUUCCGCUGCUGAAGAGGAUGACCAGACUUCGAACGCGCUCACGUCCACACUCAAGCUCGAGAGCAAGGGCCUUCCUCACCAACGCCGCUGUAAUGUCGUGCAGCUGCAGCUCAGCGAUCAGCGACCUGCGCAGGACCAAUACAGAGAGACGGACUUUAUGGACGAGGAGCCUAGCGGUGAUGAGGAUUACCGGGAGCGGUGA